UUACUUACGGAGGAGAGCGAACCGGGUCGAGUCGGCAAACCACAGAUUCCGGUCCCCUGCACGAAUCUGCGGCAUGGAUCCGCAGCCGCCGUCCCCGCCACUCACCGCGGCGCUCCCCUGCGAUGUGAUCCACGUGUUCUGGCACGAGGGUAUGCUCGACCACGACGCCGGCGCCGGAGUCUUCGACACCGGCUUCGAUCCAGGGUUCCUCGAGGUCCUCGAUAAGCACCCGGAGAACGCGGACCGGGUGCGGAACAUGGUCUCCAUACUUCGCAAGGGGCCCCUUGCCCCCUUCGUCUCGUGGCACCCUGGCCGCCCUGCCCACCUUUCCGAGCUCUUUUCUUUCCACACUGCCGAGUAUGUGGAGGAACUAGUACAAGCUAAUGUAGCUGGGCAUAGAGAGCUCUGUCCUGGCACUUUUAUGAACCCUGGAUCUUGGGGUGCUGCCCUUUUAGCCGCGGGAACCACACUAUCAGCAAUGAAAUAUAUAUUAGAUGGAAAUGGGAAGCUUGCUUAUGCUCUAGUGCGGCCACCAGGUCAUCAUGCACAGCCUUGUAGAGCUGAUGGUUAUUGCUUCUUAAACAAUGCUGGACUUGCAGUACAACUUGCUCUAGAUUCUGGCUGCAGAAAGGCUGCAGUAAUUGAUAUUGAUGUGCAUCAUGGAAAUGGUACAGCUGAAGGGUUUUAUUGCUCAGAUAAUGUUCUGACAAUCUCUCUUCACAUGAAUCAUGGCUCUUGGGGACCAUCACAUCCGCAGAAUGGUUCCAUUGACGAAGUAGGGGAGGGCAGUGGGUUUGGCUACAAUCUUAAUAUACCCUUACCCAAUGGGACAGGGGACGAGGGGUAUGCUUAUGCUAUGAAUCAACUGGUUGUUCCAGCAAUUCAGAAGUUUGAACCAGGCCUUAUUGUUCUGGUUGUUGGGCAAGACUCUAGUGCGUUUGAUCCAAAUGGAAGGCAAUGCCUCACAAUGGCAGGUUAUAAGAAGAUUGGCGAAGUAGUGCGCAAGCUGGCCGACAUGCACUCUGAGGGACGCAUAUUAGUUGUUCAGGAAGGAGGUUACCAUGUGACAUACUCAGCUUACUGUCUCCAUGCAACUCUUGAAGGAGUACUCAAUCUUCCAGCCCCCCUGCUUUCAGACCCCAUUGCUUAUUACCCUGAGGACAAGGCCUUCACUGUCAAAGUUGUAGAUUCUAUCAAGCAGUACUGGAAAGAAUGUAUACCCUUUUUGGGUUAAUAUUAUGGAGGAUCCAUAUUUGUGGUAGACAAAGUCAGAAGAUUAGUAGGAUGAAGAUAGCUGCUGUCAAUUGUGUGCAAGGGAUUUAGAUGAAAUUUCACUUGAAGAAGACACUGGUACAUUAUCCAUGUAAAAGCUUUUCUUCCUUGGUGGAUGAGUUCCUCACUCCUUGUGACAUGUAUCUCUCCACGGGUUGGGAUGACUCCAUUGUCAUUUCUGAUAUCGAUAUUAAUGGCAGUGAUCUGAUAAUAUUAUUGUUGU